AUGUUCGACACGUUGUUCCGCGGCAAACGAAACGAUCGUCGAUACCGUGAGAUCGCCUCGGUGUGCGAGUAUGAAUCACGUGCAGCCGAAUUACUCGACCGGAACGCUCUUGAUUUCUUCCGCAGCGGUGCCGGUGCCGAGCUGACGUUGCGGAUGAACAGGGCUUGCUACGAGCAGAUUCGGAUUCGACCGCGCUGCCUGGCGCGUGUCGGCAAUCGUAGUCUAGCUGUAGAAUUGCUGGGUUUGUGCUACAGAAUGCCGAUUGGGAUUGGUCCGGUGGCCUUGCAGAAAUUAGUGCACAACGAGUGUGAGAAGGCUAUGGCCAAAGCGGCGAGGAACAUGGGAGUACCAUUCGUGCUGAGUGCCUUGUCCAGUGUAUCGCUAGAAGAAAUUGCCGAUGUGAUACCAAAUCAUCCGAAAUGGUUUCAGCUUUUCAUUUUCAAGGACCGUGAACUUACGGAAAAUCUAGUGCGGCGAGCAGAGCGGGCUCGCUAUCGUGCCCUUGUAGUGACGAUUGACGCGCCCGUUUUGGGAUUAAGAAGGACUGAAAUGAAAAAUCCUACCAGCCUGCCGUCUAAAGUCACGUAUGCUAACUUUUGUCCUCCAUACAACAAUGUGUGCAGCAAAAACAUAUCGGAAUAUGUGAAAAAUCAGUUUGAUCCUACCAUCGGAUGGGAUUCGCUUAGGUGGCUACUGGGAAUUACGAACCUUCCCGUGAUUGUGAAGGGAAUUCUAACAAAGGAGGAUGCAUGCAUGGUUGCUGAUGUUGGUGCGCAUGGAAUUAUAGUAUCUAACUAUGGUGGGCGUCAAUUGGAUUCUGCUCCUGCUACUAUAGAGGUACUAUCAGAAAUUGUUGAAGCAGUUGGAAAUCGCCUACCUGUGAUGAUUGACGGAGGAAUCACUCAAGGAACUGAUGUGUUCAAGGCACUCGCUCUUGGGGCAAAAACUGUUUUCGUUGGCCGUGCUGUCAUUUGGGGGUUGGCUGUUCAUGGCCAGAAAGGCGUUGAAGAUGUGCUGGAUUUGCUGAAAUUGGAGCUAGAUUCAGUGAUGGCAAUGGCUGGAUGCAAAACUGUGAAGCAUAUUUGCGAAAAUAAUGUACGAUUCGAAUCAGAAUAUUUAAAGCCUCAGGCGCGACUAGUAAUACGAGAUAACGAUGAUCAGAACAGUGAUGAUGAACCUCAAGGGGACGUAACUGUAGUUAUCGAAAAAGAUUCACGGCAGCCAGAGGCAAUUUUGAUACCCACUGGUGAGGACGGUCUGGAAAAACCUCCCAAAGGUGAAGGAGUGGAUGACUGCGGCAUCAAAACCAGUAAAUGGUGCAAAACAGUCAACGAUAACGUUGAAAUUCUAAGAGGUCCCCAGCGAAUCACCAGAGAAGUUCGAGUGGUACCCGAACUCGCAAAAGUUUUUCAGCGCAAUAUAAGAACCGAUUCAAAUGCACGGCAGUUCCGGAUAGGACAGAGUAGAAAUAGAGCUGCUUCAUUGCAAAAUUUAAUCAGUAUUAGGAAAUCCAAUGAGGAUUGCCGUCGUAUUUUGUAA